AUGUCUUACAACCAGCGCGAAACUCCGCGAGUCUACUCAGUCCUCGCGCGACACGGACGCCAAACACUCGCGGCUCUUGCUCGCGCUUCCUACCUCAAUGGACGACAAAUAAAAUAUGGUCUUGUCAUUCUUCUCCAGCAGCAUCUCCUCUUCCACUCUGGCAACGACGGCUCUGUCACCUACUACGAGAUCGACUGGCAGAACUCAUACGCCCUCGUGCGCUUCGGCAAGGUCGCAAAGCUCGUCGAGGACCGCUUCGGCAAAAAGGCCGCCAACGUCAUCUCCAACCUGCUCACCCUCGGACACACGCGCAUUGCAGACUUGAAGGAGGCCUACUUUCCUCCACCCGUCGAGAGUGACGAUGAGUCAGACGAUGGCAUGGUGAACGGCGCUGGGUCGAAGAGGAAACGAGCCAAUGGCACCCAGGUGAACGGGCAUGGCACCAAAACGAACGGCGUCGUAAACGGCCUUCCCGCAGAAUUGGAAGACAGCAAGCCUGACCCAGAGCUUCUUAAAAAUGGCGCAACCAACGGCGCCCCCAAGACAGAGAAGAUGAAUGGCUCUGCGCACGAUUCGGCGCACGACGAUGGCACUGAACUAGAACAGGACGAGAUCGCCUCCGUUGACGAAUUCUACGACAUCAUUCAGAUAUUGAUAGAGCGCGGCUGGGUCAGGACUGUCACUGACUCGCAGUACCUGUCGCCCGGCGAUAUGCACGACAUGCUGCAGGCGGCGGCCAUUGAACAGGAACUUAAUGGAAAUGCCAUGACAGGCAUCAAAGACAAAGAGAAGGUCCAUAGGGCAACGCUGCAGAUGAAGCGACAGAUGCGCGAUGAAUGGCUGGUUGCGCCCAAGUUUUCUCGGAAGCGACAGGCAGAUGACACUCACCACGUCCACCCUAACAAGCGGGUCAAGACCAACGGCUUAUUCCAUUCGACAGCUGGCACCAAAUCCGCAGAGGACGAUCUCGUUAUUCGUGUAAAUCCCGAGAAGGUUGCCGUCGCCAUGCGCACGCAGCAGCUAGUCCAGCUUGUCGAAAAUCGCCUGGGUCCUACCACUGCUCACAUUUACGAACACAUGUUGCGCAUGCUCGAAGCAAACACCCCGCGCUGCUACGAGGAGUUUCCCGAACCGCCCAUGGUAGGAGAAGCAGUAGGCGAGGCGCCCAUCGACCCACGUCUGCUCGUCACAGCCCGCGACAUCGCAAAGAAGAUUGAUCGCGACCUCGAUAUCUGCGAAGGCCUCGACCCGAAUGCGGUUGUUGGAGUUGCUCGGAAAGGGCAUGUGCGCACCUCGAACGCACUCAGUCAGCCCAUAGAUCCAGAGAAGCUUUCCAUUGAUGAGAGAACACAGCUUGUAGAUAAGCAUAUCCGCCUACUUGCCGAGGAUCCGUUACACUUCGCCACUUGGCACUCGCGCGCGGGAUUUUCGCAGUGGCAGAUCGAGUUCGAGGAGAUUGCGAAGCAGUUGAUACAGGCCGAGGUCGAGAACACAAUUUCCGCGAGGAAAGGUGCCCUGGGCGUGAAGCUCAUUCGUGCCCUGCGAAAGAAGGGCAAGCUUGACGAGCGCGCGACGUGCAACGCCAUGAUGAUGUCCGCGAAUGAUAUACGCGGCAUAGUCAACGACCUCACUGUCCAAGGAUUCGUGCAGACACAGGAAAUUCCAAAGGUCGAAAGGCGGGAAGCAAAACAUUCAUUACAUUUAGUCUGGUAUGACCGACAGCGCGCCCGCGAGAAGCUGCUCCAUGACACCUACAAAGGCAUGGUGCGCAUAUUACAGCGCAUCGCAUUCGAGCGCGAAAAGGUCCAGCCCCUUCUGAGCAAAGCCGAGCGCUCUGACGUCGUCGGCAACGAAGCGAAAUGGCUCAGCAAAGCCGAGCUCGACGCUCUGCAGAAGUGGAAAGAGGUGCAAGAAAAGUUACUUCUCCAGCUAUUCAGAGAAGACGAUCUGGUUGCGACGCUCCAAACUGGCCUCGGCUUCCCUGGCUUGGCGCAUAUUGGGCAGGCACAAAAAGCAUCUUUGCUCCACAAGGCCACAUACAUGAAAAGCAUCACACGCAUGACUGACUGCGCAGCAUACCGAAGCACAAACACAGAUUUACAAAACAUGGCCAAAGAUACACCCAUCCGCCGCUCCACGCGCUCCAAGAAACCCAGCGAAAAAUUCCUCGCCAACAUCGCUCAGGCACACGUAGAAAAGCGCCGCUCACGCCGUCUCGCACUCCUUGAAAAGGGGGAAGGUAUGAUUGACACGCCGAUUAAACGCAGACCUCUCAUCCAGAAACGUUUGUCCGAGUUUGUCGUUGGCGAUACUGACUCUGCUGCCUCCUCCUCUUCGGAAGAUGAGUCCCACGAUGGGGAUUCAGACUUCGAAGCCGCGCCUUCCCCCUCGCCCGAACCGGAAGAGCGCAUAGACCUGACGCGAGAUCAUUUCGAGUACAUGGCAGCGGACGAGCUAGAUCGUCGCGAGAGCUAUGAUAGUAGGCUUGAAGAGGGGAAUGAGGAGUAUGAGCGGGAUGGGUUUGUGGUGGGGGAUGAGGAGAGUGAGUAUGAUGGGAAGGAGGGGACGGUUUGGGAUAGCGAGAGUGAUGAGGUUACGAUUGUUGGGGAGGGGGAGGAGGGGGAUAGCGUCAUGUCUGAUUCUGAUUCUGACUCUGACUCCAUCAGCAUCCCCCAUGCAAGUCCAGACUCCACACCCACAUCUCCCGGUCUCUUCGUCUCCUCUGCUUCUUCCACCUCCUCGGUCUCCCUCUCAGCAUUAUUUCACCCCCUCAACCCCUCUAUCUCGCCAGCAGAUGUCGCGGAGGAAAUCAACGACGCAGUGUCCCGAUUCUCGCGGCGCUGUAAUAGACACUCUGCGCCGCUGAGGCUGGAACUCUCGGCGCAGGUUUGGGCAGAUGACGAGGUAAGCGAGGCAGUGGAGAGAGCGGUGGUUUUGCAUUUAGGUCAGUAUGCGGAAGUUCAUGGGGGAAGCGUUAUUGUUACUAUUGGGCUGCCGGGGAUGUGGGUUAUGGAUUCGUAUUUGCGAUAG